AAAAAACGGCUUAACUUCAGUUCACAGGAAAAUAGAGCUUAUCAACUUCUACUAGAUCAUGCGAAGGUCAAUAUUUACUGUCACAUGACUGAUGACCUUGACAGCUGCGGGGGUGGUGGAUGGACGAUGGUAAUGAAAAUGGAUGGCUCAAAGGUAUCGUGCUUCUCGUCUCUAUUAAACUUGAGCCAAAUGUUUUACUUAAAAGGGAAAAUUCAACUAGUGACCUGUUGAGAAAAUGAGCUGUCAUCAAUAUGCGCUAAAUACCAUAUCUUAAUGUAUAUCAAGAUAAUUGGAAAUUGGCCACCGGCCGUAAGGAGUUUCAAGACUGACGUAAAACCGACAGACACUUUUCCCUUUACAAUCUUCCUUGCAAAGGGUGAUAUGACCAAAGUUUAUCCUCAAACAUUGGCUGCGUAAACUAAUCGUGAAAUUGCAAAUUCAUGAAUGAAUUCAGACGAAUUUUAUUCGAAACCAGUUAACCAUCCUAAAUCUUUAGCUUCAAUAUUCAUUCACCUGAAAGACUGACGCAAAAGGAGCCGGAAAACUAAAAAACAACAAUAAUAAUGACAACCUAGAGGCUCAAUGCCGAAGGCUUCAAAUUCACUUAAACUAGACAGAUCACUUUCCCCGCUCUUGCUGUAAAAACAUUUCGCAUUAUUCUAUCCGUUUUGGUUCUAAAAAUUAUCUGCAUAUGGAUUCAACCAUCAUUCAAUUAGUUUCAAAUUUUCCAUCUACAUAGCAAACCUUCGACUAUAAUUCGGAACUUUGGAUUAACACUGAUGACUUCAAUCCUCAAGGUGGGGAGACUGGGUUUGACUUAAAUGAGACCAAGCUACCGACUUACUGGAACACAUCGUUCUCUAAGAUCUGUCUUGGAAUGAAGCUCGGCGAUCUUUUAAGGUUCACUGUCAUCAAAAAGGAAGCCAGUUCUUUGUACUCACUGAUCGCUGACGGACAAUAUCGUGAAACAUCACUGGGUCGUGACACAUGGAAGUCGCUGAUUGGCACCGAGGCCUCUCUACAAUUAAAAUGCAACAAGGAAGGGUUCAAUGCUGUGGUUAAAGAUCAGCUUUCCAAAGCAAGAAUUGGUAUCAUUGCCAAUAACCAAAAUGAUUGCAAAUUCUGUGAUUCCAGAAUUGGCUUUGGCACAGGUGGCUCUCCUGACCACUCCAACACGUGUGGGAACACUGCAAAACACGCUGGGGAUAAUGGAGACAAACACAUCAAAGCCCUGGGCUACAUCUUGGUUCAGUGA